AUGGCACAAAACACGCAAAGCUAUGGCUGGCACAAUCGAUCAUCACACCCUUUGCAGUCGCCUUCAAUAGGCGCUGAUCAGCAGCUAUACUCUCCUCCGCCGACGCUUCCGCCGGCUGGUUUUGCAUUCUGCUCCACCAUAUACCUUCCCUUCCCUUUCGGGGAGCCCUCCAGCGCUUCCAGAUCAUGGAUAUGCUUCACCUCCACCAUACAUGCCCCAGCAGUCAAAUUACAUGCUGAGCCAAAGUCCCUUACUUCCGCCACAUCCGAACCCAUUGCCCGUCAGUCCUCCAGCGCACAUUGUCGGGCCCGCAGAAUCGUUAUAUUCGUCUCCCGAAUCCGUUCCUGCAUCCUCAGACGUGGACCGCCAAGUACGAGUUAUCAGCUCUCGGCCAAAGCCGCAAUGUUGGGACCAUGGAUGCAAUGGUCGUGA